CGGGCCGGCGCGGUGCGCGCGGCGGGGCUCGGCUGGGCGCGGAGCGGGGGAAGAUGGAAGGAGCGUCCUUCGGAGCGGGCCGGGCGGGGGGGGCCAUCGACCCCGUGGAUUUCCUCAAGCAGCCGCAGACCCUGCUCCGGGUCACCACCUGGAUCUUCUCCAUCGUGGUGUUCGGCUCCAUCGUCAACGAGUGCUACGUGAACAAGGACAGCCACGACCCCGAGCUGCUCUGCAUCUUCAACGAGAAUGAGAGUGCCUGCAGCUACGGCAUCGCCGUGGGCCUCAUCGCCUUCUUCGGCUGCAUCUUCUUCUUCGUGGUGGACCUGUACUUCCAGCAGAUCAGCAGCGUCAAGGACCGCAAACGCGCCGUGCUGCUGGACCUGGGCUUCUCAGGUUUCCUGGCCUUCCUGUGGUUUGUGGCCUUCUGCUUCCUGGCAAACCAGUGGCAGAGGACGACGCUGACCCGCGGCUUCUCGCAGGGCGCCGACGCGGCGCGGGCAGCCAUCACCUUCUCCUUCUUCUCCAUCAUCAUCUGGGUGGUGCUGGCGCUGCGGGCGCUGCAGCGGUACCGCCUGGGCACGGACAUGUCCCUGUUCGCCACCGAGCAGUUCGGCACCGACCCCAGCGCGCCCUACCCCGGCUACCCCGGCGGCAGCAGCGGCGUGGAGAGCACGGAGACCUACCAGAGCCCCCCGUUCACCGAGACCUUAGAGCCCAACCCCAAAGGUUACCAAGUGCCAGCGUACUGAGGGGCUGCGGCGGUGCCACCCCCGCCCUGUCCCCGCUGUCUCCAGCCCCGACCCCUCAGUCAGUGCCGGGUCCCUUUAUUAGCUCGUUGUGCAGUGAAUUCUGUACAGUGGUAUUGGUUCUUGUCUUACCUGUCCCCGGGUUUCUAAAAGCAGUGUUCCCUCUAAGCCAGCAGGAAGGAAGGUUGGUGCCGCAUCACCUACAGGUGGGGAGGAGGAGGAGGAGGAGGAGGAGGAGGAGGAGGAGGAGAUGCCCCCUCCGAGCUCUGCUGGGAGAGCCCAGGACGCCUUUUCCUCCUGGCAAACAGCAGCUGAGGAGUUCUUAUCUCGUUCUUCCAGAGCUAACACAGAAUCCAUCGAGGGUGGGUGGGCAGUGGGGAGAGCUGGCCCUGGCUGCUCCCGCUGCAGGUUCCAGGAAAGUGCCAAAUUCACAGGGAAAUCAGUGGGGUCUGUGUUGUUUUCCUUUGUAUAUACUUGCUGUACAAAACAAACAUCCAAACAGGUGUUUCCAAACUUGGUUUAGAGGCUCAGGGAGCACAGCAGGCCGGGGCUGGGGUCAGUAUCCAGAGUGUUUCUAUGCUUCAGCAGGUUCUGGUUGAGGAUUUAAAAAGUUGCUGUUUGAAAUGGAAACCAGCAGGAGCUGGUUGCUAACUGGGAAUAGCCUGAGAUCAGUGGGGAUGUGUCACUUUGUGGUUCUGUUUCCUCGUGGGGAGUGGGAAAUGUGUAAAUUCCUAAGGAAUUUUUGGCUGGCAGCGCUGACACGUCCUCACCCUGGGCAGGUGAGGGCCGAGGUGAGGGCUCAGACUCGACAUCCAAGGCCAUUAGGAGCAAUACUGCACUUGUGUUUUUAUCCUGGGAGCAGCCUCCAUCUGUCAGCUGCAGCAGAACCCGGGGGGGACACGUGUGUCACCCUGCAGCCUCCAGGAACGAGGGAUUCAGGCAGGGAGCUGGAAAGGUCCACAGGCCACCGGAGUGUGGGGUCACACCCGAGUUGGGAGCUGGUGUGGGAAGAGUCAGUGAAAAGCACCCGGGAAGGAGGCUCAGGCUGGGGCUCAGCUGCACAGAACAGAGGAAAGGACAGAAUGUAAAACCCAGCAGGUCCCUGCCAGCCUGCCAGCCUUCCCUGCCCGGGUGGCAGCUGGUCCAGGCUGUGGCACCGAGGGUGGCACUGAGGGCUGAGCAGAAACUGGAGUCCCAGCCCUGGGUGGCAGCUCCAUCCCUGGAGGCUCCACUGCCUUGUGGCCCCGUGAGGAGCAAUAGCCACCACCUGUCCCCUCCCUGUCACAGGUCCUGGUCGCCCUGGCCACAGCUCAUCCUGCUGCAGAUCAGUGUGCUAAUUAACGAGCAGCAGAGAAAUGCACUAAUUAAGCAGCCAAUAUCCCGAGGUCACUGCCAGAGCGUUCCUUGCCUUGGCUCCAGGUCCUGGCUGUGCCCAGCCCCUCACAGGGGCCUGACCACGGCCCAGUGCAGGGUCAGCCUCAAGGGAUUCCGGGAUCUUGGUGGUUUUGUGGAGUCGGUUUUGCUGGGAAAGAAAAAAAAAACCCCGAGGAUUUUAAUACAGGGUAGGGUGGAACUGUAGCAAUAUUUUCCUUAGAGGGAACACUGAAACUUUAGCAGCACAAACAGUACUUGUGUUAAUAUUUUAGCGAAAUUAUAAUCAAUUUAAAUGUUUAAAUUGAUUGUACGUGAGAUAAUGUUCGUUGGGUACAGUGUAUUUUUUCUAACUAUAAUAUAACUGUUCCAGAGUUUCCGUGUAACCGUGAAGAGCUAAAGCUGUGUCUGCCUGCGGGACACGUCCUGCCCCGCGUGCCCCCGCUCAAUAUUACACGCUCUGAAUGUCCCCCCAGGCCUGCAUUGCCUUUCUUUGCCCCCACACGCACAUCCCACCACGCCCUGACCUUGGGGCAGCAGCAGGGACACAGGGACGACCCCAGCACAGCUCCUGGUGCUUCCCAGUUUCCUUUUCCUUGCUGCUGUGCUGGGCAGGGAGCAGGAGCAGGGCUGGGUGCCCCAGGGGCUCCCUGGCAGCACAGGAGAUGCUCCUUGGUGAAGGCAGAGCUGGGAAUAAUUAACCUGUCCAGCCUCAUCACUCAGCAGCGCCUGGAGGGAGGCGAGCCCUGAUCCUCUGCAGGCAAAGUGCCCGUGCCAGGCAGGGCAGGGGUGGCACCUGCUGGGGUGGCACCGGGACAGGCUGGAGCCACGGCUGGAGUUUUUCCAGGGAAUAGCACUGGGCUCUGUCCCAUGUGGCCGUGCCAAGGCCGUGUCACCAGGCAGGACGGGACAGCCCCAAGCUGCCUGGCCGUGCUGAGAGCCUUCACCCACCUCAGCCUUGCUCUCACAGCCCCAUCUGGGGCAUCUGUCACACCCCAUGGGGGGACACCCGUGCUGGAAUCCUGCCCCACGCCCUUUGGGAGCCCCCCCAGUGUCCCCACGGUGUCAGGUGUCACUGGCACCCUGCGGUGGCCGUGGCAGCCCCUCGGUGUGCCCCUGAGCAGAGCAGGGUGUGCAGGGGGGGCUGUCACCAAACACACCCCAAGGGGACAGGGCUGGAGAACCAGAGCUGCAGGAACCCCGGGCUGCUGGGGGUUCAGGGAUUUGGAACAUCAGUUUUCCUCUUUUCUCCUCUUUUUCUCCCAGCUGUGCUGCAGCAGCACUCACCCCCUGGUAACCACCCAGCCACAUCCUAGAGGAUGCCAGGGCUGGGCCAGAAUUGUCCCAAAGGCAGGCCAGGACUGUCCUGAGCGUGCCAGGGCUCUGCCAUGCUCACAAGCUGUUUGCAGCCCUCUGUUCUCCCCACAGCUCAGCAGCACCUCGAGCUCACAGGGGGCUCAGCUGUGCUCAGUCCUGCCCAAAGGCUUCUGCACAGGGUUAGCACUAAAUUUGGGUGUGAAGAGUGGAAUUCCAGCAUUCUGCCUUUCCGGGAGCUGCAUUCUGCCCCACCCAUCCCCUUGCUCCAGGAGCCUCUGUCACACCACCACUGCUCUCAGCACUGAGGUGACCACAUCAUGCACUUCAAGCAUAUUUAAAGAUUUGGAAUUUUUGCCAACAUUUCAAGCUGUUCCUAGCAAAGGUGGAAGCUUUGCUUAAGUGAUGUUCAGUAAAAAACAUUCUCCCCCUGCAGUGCCUGCUGUGCCAGGGGCUGGAGCAGACCCUGAGAGCAAACCCCUCCCUUUAGAGGACAUUUGGGAUCUCCUGUGCCUGGACACUGGGCUGAGAUUCCCAUCAUUUCAUGCCACAAGGAGUGGCACUGCUGUCCUGCUGCCCAUCAGUCCCUCAGUGCUGCCCUGCACCUUCCCUCCCGUGCCAGCCCGAGGCACAGGGCUGCCUCUGCCCUCUGCUCCUGGGGAAAUGCCAUCAUUGCCCCAUGCAGAAUUCUCUCAGUGUUAAUAAUAAUAAUAACAAACACACUGCUGUGGUUCAGACCCCUCCCAGCCCGUGCUGGCCCCAAGCAGUGGCUCUGGCUCCCUCUGGUCCCAUCCCCAGUUGCAUUUUGCCCCCGUGUGUGUCACAAGCCCUCUCCCCCUCAGUGAGGCUCAGGCCCAGCCCUCACUGCCUCAACUUGAAGCCCCAGCUCAGCUGCCUGGAUUUUGUUGCAAUACACAUUCAAACCUCAGCUCCUCUCAGAGUUUUAAUCUCCAACAGCUCCCACUGAGGGCUGGGGAGUUCAGUUUCUUUGCCAAUACCUCUGUCCGAGCAGACGCUUCCAGGAGUUGCAGUUGUCACUAACCUCUGUGCAGUGUAGUAUAAAGUGGACUGUGUAUGGAAAUAAGUUUAAAAUGUUUACAAUUUUGUAUAUAUUAUAUAUAUAAAAAUAUCUUUUGAGAGAACAAUCUGUGAUUCUGUAUUUUCGGUGUCUGUGUAACCAACUGCAACUUAUUUUCAAUAAAGAGCUAAAAAUGAAUAGAAAAAACC